UUUUUUUAUUUUGCACUCAGAUACUUAUAAAAUUACAAAAAGAUUAUAUUUUUUUGUGUCUCCUCUUUAUAUAAAAGCUAGCUGCAGUCUAAUGAUCACAGUGUUCAGCUGACCACGGGAAAUCACACCUUCACAAUGAAAUUCCUGAUCCUUGCAGUAUGCGCUGUGAGCGCGGUGCUAGCCAACCAGCCCAGCACCGGCCAUUCAGGUCUGUACCACGGAGCGGAGCACGCGGCCAAAGCCACUCUAUUUGCCCCGGUAGCUGCUGGCCAGUACAUCGCUGACAACGCUCAGCAAUCCGCCCGCCAUGUCAGAAACACGCCGACACCCACUGGCGUUUUCAACGGAGCAUCGCACGCUGCUGGUGCCACUUUAUUUGCUCCGGUAGCAGCAGGAAAAUACAUCGCUAACAAUGCUCAGGAAUCCGCCCGUCACGUCAGAAACACGCCAACACCCACUGGUGUUUUCAACGGAGCAGCGCACGCGGCCAAAGCUACUGUAUUGGCCCCGGUUGCCGCUGGACAGUACAUCGCCGACAAUGCUCAACAGUCUGCUCGCCAUGUUAGGAACACGCCGACACCCACUGGUGCUUUCAACGGCGCGGCGCACGCUGCUGGUGCCACAUUAUUUGCCCCGGUAGCGGCCGGAAAAUACAUCGCUGACAACGCUCAGCAUUCUGCCCGUCACGUCAGGAACACGCCAACACCCACUGGGGUUUUCAACGGGGCAGCCCACGCGGCCAAAGCCACUGCAUACGCCCCGGUUGCCGCUGGACAGUACGUCGCCGGCAACGCUCACCACGCCGCCGCCACCGCCGCCGGCCGCUCCGUGAGGCAGGUGUCGCCAGGGGAGGCACAGAUUGUGCGAUCCGAGUUCGAUGCGGCUGCUGAUGGAUACAACUACUCAUAUGAAACUGGCAACGGUAUUGUGGCUGAAGCUUCCGGGGCACUGAAGAAGGUCGAUGACUUGUCAGCUGUGGUGGUGCAAGGAUCGUACAAGUACACAUCCCCUGAUGGCACUCCCGUGCUGGUGACUUACACAGCUGAUGAAAAUGGUUACCAGCCCCAGAGUGACCUCCUGCCCGUCGGACCCGAGGUGCCUGUGGCCAUCGCCCGCGCCCUGGAGUACCUCAAGACUCAUCCCCAACAAGUUGAGCCCACCAAGAAAUACUAAACGUAGUCUAUCUAGAUGAUGCGGCGAUCGAUACCGGAGUAAUGCAUUUACGAAUAACGAAUGUACAAAUCAAACAUGCAAGAAUGAUAAUAAAUUGAUUAGAUUUUUUAUAAAAA